AUGAAAAUUCUUAUACCACUCAAGAAAGAACAACCGAGUCUGAUAUCCACGCUAUUCGAAGAGUUAUUGCUAGAAGAAUCUAGAAUACAAACCCAAGAACAAGUUGUUUCAUUUUCGAAACUCCUUAUAAAACAGUUCGGAAGACUACGUGAAGAUUCGAAACCAACUGAAAAAGAGAGUCUGCAAUUGGAGAAUCUAAAGAAUACAUUGAAUACACAAUGGAAAGAAAAGAGAGAUUUGGUUGGAAAAACAAAGAUUGACGUUUGUUAUGCUAAAAUUACCACACUGGUCCUAAUGAUGAUAAUCUAUGCUAGCGACACAGUAUCUGUUUUUAAAACUCAGAAGAUAAUUUUGUUUUUUUAUUCAUCUGUUAUUAUCAUGGGGAUACUUUUGUCCUUGGUUGUUUUGUACACCCUUCUGAAACUCUUUCGACGAAUCAGAGCUACAAAUCAAUCGGAUGUAGAACAUGGUACCGAAAAGCAGAUUUGCUUUGGAUAUAUGGAGUUGUCUUUCAUGGAGCAGUUAGAAAAAUGCGUGGAUUUCUAUUCAAAGGAAGUAUUUCCACUGAAGGAACAAGCAAGAUUACAGGGCAAAUAUGCGUCUUUUUUGAUCAAAAUCAGCCUUAUUGUUUUCAUACUGAACGCUGUGGCUCUGACAGUUUACUGCAUCAUCGCGGCUCUCAAACUACUUGACAAUGAAUCAAUAGUCCUUCUCCCCUUACUUUUGAUGCUUCCCUUCAUGGUUGCAGUAGAUUUCAUUUUAUUUGUUGCGUUUUUUGACAAAUGCAUUUUACAGGGUGACUAG